UAGAGAAUGGGAAGAUGGAGGAAUAAAGCGUUGACAGAAUACCUGGAAAAUGAAAUCCAAUGGAUUGGUUGUUAGGUUUUGACUAAAUUCUCCACCGGAAAUGAAAUCCCUUAAAAUACCAAUGGCGAAACCAACCAACACAGUCUCUGUGGGCUGAUCCCUACUCUUUUUUUUUAUCUCAUUUUUUCCUUCUAUUUGUCUUCACAAUUUCGAGUUUUCGUGGAAUCAACAAUCUUCCGCAAUGCCUUCACUUCCAACAAUCGCUCUCUCUUCUUCAUCUUCUCCAUCUCUCUUCCCAAUAUCUUCUUACUCUUCUCCCAGGAAAACCCAAUUACGCUUCCGCCUUUCCUUUGCCCUCCCCAGGACGUGUUCCGCCACUUCCAUCGAGAAAGAAGCUGUCAUCUCCGACAUCAGGUCGCGCUUCCAGCGGAUGAUUAUGGAGGUGCAGGACAGCGUCUGCGGCGCCCUCGAGGCUCUCGACGGAGCUGGAAACUUCAAGGAGGACGCCUGGACGAGGCCCGGAGGCGGUGGAGGGAUUAGUCGAGUGUUGCAAGACGGUCACGUUUUCGAAAAGGCUGGUGUUAAUGUCUCGGUUGUUUAUGGAGUUAUGCCCCCUGAAGCUUAUCGAGCUGCCAAGGCUGCUGUCACUGAUCAGAAGCCCGGUCCCGUUCCCUUUUUCGCCGCCGGGAUCAGCUCGGUUUUGCAUCCGAAGAAUCCGUUUUCUCCUACGUUGCAUUUUAACUAUAGAUAUUUUGAAACUGAUGCCCCGAAUGAUGCUCCCGGAGCACCCAGGCAAUGGUGGUUUGGUGGUGGAACUGAUUUGACUCCGUCUUACAUCUUUGAGGAGGAUGUCAAGCACUUCCAUUCAAUACAAAAAGGGGCCUGUGACAAAUUUGAUCCAUCCUUUUAUCCUCGGUUCAAAAAAUGGUGUGAUAACUACUUUUACAUUAAGCACCGGGAUGAGAGGCGAGGGCUCGGGGGAAUAUUUUUUGAUGAUCUAAAUGACUAUGAUCAAGAGAUGCUACUUUUAUUUGCCACUGAAUGUGCAAAUUCUGUGGUUCCCGUGUACAUACCCAUUGUAGAGAAAAGGAAGGAUACAGCAUUCAAUGAAAGGCACAAGGCGUGGCAACAAUUGCGAAGGGGGCGCUAUGUAGAAUUCAAUUUGGUGUAUGAUCGAGGUACAACAUUUGGACUGAAGACCGGAGGUCGAAUCGAGAGUAUUCUUGUUUCCCUCCCUUUAACGGCACGAUGGGAGUAUGAUCACAAACCAGAAGAGGGAAGUGAAGAGUGGAAACUGUUGGAUGCCUGCAGGAAUCCUAAGGAAUGGGUUUGAUGCUAACAGAUUGAGUUUUGUUUUCAACUUUGAAAAUUUCCCCUUUUUUCUUUCGCUAUAGCCUAUAGGCAUUAUUGGUGAGGAUUUUUCCCAAGAAAAUAACACUUGAGAUUUGUGUUGA